AGUCCACAAUAUUAUUAAUAGAUAAUCCAAGUGUAAUUUUCUUAGUGGUACAUGUCACUCCUGUAUUUGACCCAUAAAUUUUUUACUUGUACCAGAGGAAAUGCCAAUAUAUAUAUAAGACCCUAUCAUAUCUGUUUUCUGGAUAAGAUUCGUGCCCACGCUCUUGAUAAGGAAGGGAGUUGGGGGGGGGGCUAAUUUCUACGCUUUUGAAAUCUCUAGAUGACAAGGAAAGAAUGAGUGAUAUCAGUAGUGUUUGGCCCAACUUAUUUUUGACUUAAAAGUCACUUUUAAGGUAAAGUUGGGCCAAACAGAUUUCAUUAAAAUUUCUUUGACUUAAAAGUUACUUAUUUUUACUGAAGAAAUAUGAUAAAAGUAACUUUUUAGAAAAAGGUAUUGAGAGGAGCUUUGAAAAAAAGGAGCUUCUCUUUUGGCCCAACUUAUUUGUAUCUGUAGUGGUUUACGUGGUUUUUCUCCAUCUUCUUCCUCUUGGAACCCUGGCCGUUUCCUAUAUCGCCUUCCUCUACAGACUCGUGGUUUUGGAUUUUGCACACACUCAGCUUGCUCCCUAUGUCUAAUUCUGAAAAUAGUCGAAAAAAUGCAAAGUGGGAUCAAUACAUUACCAGAGCUUUACUUAAACUUUGUAUGGAAGAGAUUCGCAAAAGUGGAAAACCGGGAAUUGCAUAUAAAGCUAAGAAAUGGGAAGAAAUAAGAGAAGACUUUGGAAAACAAACUAAUAGAGAUUAUACCGUAAAGCAAUUGAAGAAUAGGAUGGACAAUUUGAGGACUGAUUGGGUUACAUGGAAGCAACUAAAGGGUAAAGAAACAGGGUUAGGAUGGAACAACCAGUCAGGUACUAUUGAAGCUGAUGCGACAUGGUGGGAUGCUAAGAUAAAUGAGAAUUCUAAGUAUGCGAAAUUUCGAUAUAACGGGCUAGAAUUUCAUGAUGAAUUGGAAUUCAUAUUUGGGGAGACAGUGGCAACAAGUCAAGAUGCAUGGACUCCAGCUAUGAGUUUACCAAGUGAAUCUGGUGGCAGAAAUACAACUCCAGAUGUGCUGCAUCAAGUUAUGGAAUCUGAUGAUGAUGAUUUCAAUCUUGAAGAUGAUGUUAGCCCUAUGGAAAACAAUCAACUCAAAAAGAAAAGAAAGGUGACACAAGAUCACAAUGGCAAAGUAACAAUAGGUAAGGGAAAAGUUGGGAGUGCAACAGCUAUGAGGAAAAGUUUAGACCGACUAGUUGAAGCGGCUGAGAAUCACAAUGAAGUUGAAAAAGAUGAAAUUGCAGCCACAUCUCAUGUCCAUGGAAAAUACUCCAUCCCAAAUUGCAUUGAAGUCUUGAAAAGUGUAAAGGAGGAGGGGCUUUUAACUGAUCGUCAAUUUAACUAUGCUUUAGAAUUACUUACAGUUAGCGAAAAUAGAGUCAUAUUUAUGUCCUUAAUUGACUCAAUGGAGGCUUUGGUAGGUUGGAUUAAGUUCAAGUAUGUGGAAUAGAAAAAACUCUAGUCUUUUGGUUAGGAUUUGGCUUUCUGUUUGUUUUUCUCAUGUUAAACAUUACAACUUCGCAUUGAAAUUUAUGUUUAUGCAUUUGG